CUGAUACAUGACCCCCAGAGAGGUCACAACCAUAGGACUAGAAGAACGUGUUGGACUCCCUGGAACUGGAAUUACAGGUUAACUCGAUCAUGGAAGAUUAUCCUAAGCACAGUGUUUACAUCAACUUUUCUUUUUGUUGGACUUCAAAAGAAUCCGUGGUUUAAAGAAAUAGGGUUUGCUCAAAAACCCGGACAAUUAUAUACCGUAAUUGCAGAAUAUGGCUCCCGGCUCUAUCAUUACCAGGCCAGACUUCGCAUGCCCAAGGAGCAAAUAGAACUUUUAAAGAAGGAAAGCCAGACGUUGGAGAACAAUUUUCGUGAAAUUCUGUUUUUAGUUGAACAAAUAGAUGUUCUGAAGGCAUUGCUUAGAGACAUGAAGGACGGCGUGCACACUCACAGCUGGCCUAUCCACCGAGAGGCUGUGCAGGACCAGGCCACAACGGAGGUUCUAGAUGAGGAAAUGUCAAACUUGGUACAUUAUGUACUUAAAAAGUUCAGAGGGGACCAAAUACAGUUGGCUGAUUAUGCCCUGAAGUCAGCUGGAGCCUCUGUCAUUGAAUCUGGGACCUCAGCAAGUUAUAAAAGUAAUAAAGCAAAACUGUACUGGCAUGGGAUAGGGUUUCUCAAUUAUGAGAUGCCUCCAGAUAUGAUUCUCCAGCCAGAUGUUCACCCUGGGAAGUGCUGGGCCUUUCCAGGUUCCCAGGGUCACGUCCUCAUUAAGCUAGCCAGGAAGAUCAUCCCUACGGCAGUUACCAUGGAACACAUCUCCGAGAAGGUGUCCCCCUCAGGAAACAUCUCCAGUGCACCCAAGGAGUUCUCUGUCUAUGGCAUUAAUAAAAAAUGUGAAGGAGAAGAACUGUUCCUAGGUCAGUUUACGUAUAACAAAACGGAAGCGACCAUUCAAACGUUUGCGCUCCAGAAUGAAGCUUCUGAAUCUUUAUUAUGUGUGAAACUUCAAAUUCUUAGCAACUGGGGACACCCAAAGUAUACGUGUUUGUACAGAUUUAGAGUCCACGGCAUCCCCAGUGACCACACAUAGAGGAAUUGGAGCAGAAGGUGGUGGCCGUGCAGCCAAAAUGUUCAAGGAUGUUUAUUAUUCCCUUACAUGAGAUUGCACCCAUAAGAAUCAAAGAUUGAGAGUGGGAGGGAAACCUCAAACUCAUUCCUACAAGGCAAUAAGAAGUCAAUGAAUUUUACUAAU